AUGGAUAUUUUCCAUAUGGGUGACUGUAAUCUCACUUCUCCGGCCACUAGUUCCGACUCUGAAUCCUCAAACGACGUUUUUACAGCCGCAAACUACCCCACCAUGGGUAAUAUUGCAUCAUUCUUGUUUUCUCCUGACCGAACUUCAGUAAACUUAGAACUGGAAGAAUUUAAUCCUACGGAGUUUUCAGAUGUAUUAGAAUGGAUGGAGGAGAGUGAGAAUAGUUUCCCUUCACAACAACACUUCUUCGAAGAAGAAUCGCCAAAAGCGAGCGAGAAUUCGUCAAUAAUGAAUUCUUCCGAGGUGUCAUCAAUCUCAAAUCAGCCAUCAUUACUAGUUUUUCCGAAUGAAAACAUGGAAGUCGAUAGCCAACUGACAAUUCCUCCUCUACUUAAAGCAUAUAGUGAAGCCAUAGAAAAUGAACAACCAGAGCUAGCACAAGUAAUCUCAAGACGAGUAAUCGACAAAGUUAGUUUUUUCGGAACUACCGUUGAGCGUUUUGCUUAUUACUUGUUUCAAGCAUUCGAAACUCAUGGCGACAGUAACUAUCUACUCCAAGAAUCAUACAAGAAUUACGAGGUAAUUUUCAAGGCCUGGUACCAAAUUCUCCCUUAUGGCAAAUUUGCUCAUUUUUCAGCAAAUAAUGCUAUCCUUGAAGCUAUACCAAUGGAUACCGAAGUAGUUCAUAUCAUCGACUUCAACUUGGGUGAAGGUAUUCAAUGGCCUCCGGUCAUUGAGGCCAUCGGGAAACAAGUGCUAGUGAAAAUCACAUCCCUCAAGUCGAUUGAUGGCGAAUGGAGGUUUGAAGAGACAAAGAAGCGGCUUGAUGAUUACGCGAAAGCUUUCGGUUUAAACUUGAAGGUAAAGGAGAUGGAAUUAGAGCAAUUGGUGAAUGAGGUAAUGAAGAUGAAAGAAAUAGGUGAAGGAAAAGAAUUUUUUGCCUUCAAUUGUAUCGUGGGUUUACCACAUACGGGGAGAAGAAAACCUAGACAGCAAGUGAAUGAGUUUCUUUGGGUAGCAAAGGAGUUGGUUCGAAUCCCUUUUGGUGAUAGUACUUGUGGUGUUAUAACAUUUGGAGAUGGAGAAUUCUAUGAAGAGAGUGUUGAGGGAUGUUUAGGAUUUGGUUCUUUCUUUGAUAUGAAUUCAGCAAAAUCUCAUGCUCUACUCGAGUCAAUAGAAUCACAUUUCCCUUGUCAUUUAAGAGAAGCAAGAAUGGCAAUUGAAUGUCUAUUUGUGGCCCCUAAUUUGUGUGCUCAAGAUUGGUUUAGCAAGUGGGAAGAGAGUAGAGAAGAGUUGAGGUUUUCCCAAUUAGGAUUGAAUGGUGUCAGAUUAAGUAGAGAGAACUUGGUUGAAACCAAAGAAUUGGUGAGGGAAGGUGAAAGUUUGUAUGAAGUGAAAGUAGAAGGUGAAAAUAGUAAUGUGAUGGUACUAGAAUUUAGGGGAACUCCAUUAGUAAAAUUCUCUAGUUGGAGAUGA